GGUGCCUUGGCUGAUGUUCUAUAAACAGAGCUCUUUUGCGGGCAGAGUAGUCUCUGCCGAAGCUACCACCGCUUAUCAACCACAGGUAAAGUAUCAACUUACUGAAAAUCUUUAGUUAGAUUGUUAAUUGCUUACACAAAUUAAGUUUUAAAUAUCAGUUUUUAAAUAUGGUUUCUUAACAUACGGUAAUGUAACACUUAUAUUAGUUUUCGACCCGGCUUGUUUAAUUUCUUUAGGGACUUGGAAAAUAUUCAGAGCCGAAAGCAGGUCCAGUUUUCGAGACUCCAAUGUCGUCCUCUUCAGGAACUUUGGGUGGAAGUAACGUUCGUCAGUGGCAGGAGACCUUUAAGGUAAUAUAAAGAAAGCAGUCGGAGACAUUUUUCGACAACAAGCUUAUAUCAACGAUCAUUGUAUAUUGGCUUUAUGUAGGUUGCUCGUGUGUAAAAGACGAAAAAAUCAUCACUUUUACUUAAUACAGGAGGCUGUAAUUGAUCAUAAUAUUUAUAUCCUUGUACUAGUCAUGCCGUCAUGCAGGAAUUUUUUACCAGGCCUACCUGAUGAGUUACACGGAGAAAAAUAAAUUGCUAAGCGUACUGACUCAGUGUUUGGCUCCAUUCAUGUCAAUUACUAGGCCUCAGUUGUUUCUAGGAAAUAAGAAAAGCCGCAUUUAACUCUGUAAGAUUAACCUUUGGGAAUUUUGUCUCAGUUACCUCUCAGAGACCAUGCAGUAGAUAAAAAUAGAAAAACAAAGGGUAAGGUCAUUAAAUGAGCCUAAUAACCUAUCUGGCCAGAAAUCAUCCCAUUUUUUCACACAGAACAGUUUCCAACCGUCUGUUGGAAAAAUUAAACCAUAGUAAUUACAGUGACCCAAUCAUAACAAAGGUUAUCAUUAGCCAAUGAGAACUUAAAAUGAAAACAAACAAACCACCAAAAGAGCUAGAAAAUACAAUUGACCACUUGCAAUAUUGUUUUCAGUCUUUCAUCUGAUUAAUUGAAAUGAAUGGGGCUAGCUUUCUGGACCAAUCACAGAGCAAAUUUGAUGAAACCAUUGUAAUCUCUGGUUAUUUUUAACACUCGUGUGAAACCUUCUCUAAUGGGAUGAAAAGAAGUAUUUCGUCUCCCCUUGGGUGGGUUGCUAAUCCACCACUCAUUACACUUCAGCCUUCACCAAGUUUAUUCAACUGUUCACUAUUACCAAUUUUCAUUCCUGGUCGGAGAGAGGUUAUGUGAGAGUCAAAGCUUGAACCUGAACACUAAACAUUCGGCUACCAUGUUUUCCCCAUCAAUGAAGCUUACUAUUAUUUAGUGCAACACAUCCUUUAAGAAAUGAUUUUUUUAGAGUGAAGCUAGUCUAUACAUGUUAUAUUCCCUCUAAGAACUGACCAACUUAGCAUUAUUAAGUUACCAGAGAUAUGGUGGACCAAUGAUUUUACACCAAGGACCCCAGAACUAGAUAUCAAACUUUUUUAUAUGAAGAGUAACAUCCAAAGAUACAAGUAGCUACCUUGAUCAGUUUGAAUCAUGUUUUAAUUAAAGCAGUAGUCUGUACUUUAGCCAAGUGCCUCACCCACGGGGAACUUAUCCCACUUUCCAUAGCAUGAAGCCACAAGGGGUACACUUCUCCCCCCCUGAAUGGGAUGCCACUCCAACACAAGGCUAUUCCCCCAGGAUUUUACCAGGCUUCCUUGACAUUUUGCUGAUACCCAUUUAUGCUCCUGGGUUAAAAGAGAUACCUUGAGAGUGAAAUGUCUUGCCCAAGAACAUAACACAUUGACAGGUCUCAAACUCUGAACCCUCAACCCAGAAUCCAGUGAAUUAACUUUAAGGCUACCACAUCUUCCACUCAUGUUUUAGACACAAUUUUCCCCUCUUUUUAAAUUACAGCUUUAUUUCCUCAUACAACUCAUGACAUACAAGACUACUAUGACUAAAUAUACAUUGACAUUGAGGAAAAAGACACAAUGAUUAUCUUUAGAUAAUCAUGUACCACUUGAAUCACUGUGCUUUAACUUCUAACAUUUUCUUCUUGAUUUAUUCCUGGUUUUGAUAGCAAUCGAAAGCUCCAGUGUAUCUGCUGAGGGGUACAAGAGAUAAGAUUAUCUUCAGGGGUCUUAUGGGUGUUCUACCUGUUGGAAUGGGUGUUGCAGCCUACUACUACUACAUGAUGGCCACUGGUAAACUGAAGAGAAAGGAAAGAUGAAAGUGACUGGAGUCCAAGCUAAUUUUCAUCAUUUAAAACUACUUCUGUCAAAAUUUGUGCAUUUUAGAAGGAACUUCAUUAACUGCUUUGAUUUAUCUAAGUGAAUUUGUAAUAUAAUGUCUGAUAUAAGACACCUCUAUGCUUCACUUUUCUUUACUUGAAGUUAGUAAUAAUAAUAAAGUACUUUUAACUGCCUGUAUAUCUUUUUUUCAUUUUUCUAUGUAGAGAAACUUGAGGUGUUCAUUGUGAAUUCUCAUCUCUCCACGUGUGCAAAUCAUCGACAAAUUAAUGAAAAAAAAAGAACAGAUGAUCUUGUAUAGCAGUUCCUAUUUUGGCAUAUGUGUAAAGAAAUGUAUGUAGUACCUGCAAUAAGAAAAGAAAUUCAUGCAGUGAUGGGAUGAAUG